AUGCCUCCGUCAACCGCUGCACAAGCGAAGAAGCAGCCAUUGACCUUGGAGCAAAUAUCGAAAUACGACGACAUUCUCACCGACUGCUUGGUGGAUCAGACCUUCUAUUCCUCGACUAUUCCCAAAAAUCGCACAACCUAUCACCCUUCUAGAGGUCUACGAGAAGAGGAGAUCACCAAGAUUAUUCAGAAUCACCUCGUUGUCGAACCCAACUUGGAUCUAGCUACGGAGAAACUACUUGCACUCGACGGCCUGCGCAAAUUCCAUAAUGCUCUCAAGACAGACAAGGAAAAGGACGACUUUCGAAAGCAUUUGCGUCGCUAUGCCCAAAUCUACCUGCCGGACUGUCCCUUUGAAGUGAACACGACCAAUCGAUAUACCAUUGUCACCUACGAAGCCGCAGUCACUGCUCGGCGCUUUAUCAAGAGAGGCGAAUCCAUCAAGUACCUGUCCGGUAUCCAGGUCUUGAUUACACCAAAAGAGGAAGACGAAAUGACCAAGCGCAAAAAGGAUUUCAGCAUUGUUGUCAGCUCGAGAAGCAAAUGCGCCAGCUUGUUCAUGGGCCCCGCUCGUUUCGCCAACCACGAUUGCGAUGCCAAUGCCCGACUUGUUAUUACCAGUCAAUCGACAAUUGAGAUUUUUGCAACCAAGAACAUCGAUCUUGGCGACGAGAUUACUGUCACUUAUGGCGAUAACUACUUUGGGGAGGACAACUGCGAGUGCUUGUGUCACACUUGCGAGAAAAACCUAGCCAAUGGCUGGGCCCAGCCUGACGGUGAAUCGCUCUCUGCAAGCCAGCUAACUAGGAGCAUCGAGGACGACGAGGGGUAUCGACUGCGACGAAGGAGAAGGGACGAUAGCGCCGCUCGCUCGUCCCGAGAACCGUCUCGGACUCCCGAUGUCCGGCGACGAGUAUCGAGAUCAAAGACAAAGUUGAUGCGAACCGAAUCGAGCCAGGGCUCCAUGGCCGGUUCCCCUGCCCCAGAGGCCCGUUUGCGACAAAUGAAGAAGCGCGAGUUCGACAUGCUAUCAUCGCCGCCUGCUACUCCUGGUAAAAGGCACAAGUCAGCUCAUUUCGACGACACACCCGUCCGAGCUCGCGAGGACAUUUCCCGCAAGAGCGCUGAAGGUGAAACCUCGGGCGCAGACUCAAUAGGCUCGACGCUCGAAUUCGAAACCGCCGAUUCGCCUGGAACUGAAGUGACAAUCCCCGACGAAGAGACAAAGGUGCCAGAGUUAUCUUUGCAAUCACCUCGGCCAACGCCCAAGAAAUCGGCCUAUUCCGAAGUAAAGACAGAAGAGUCGGAUAUGGCAAUAUCAGAGUCAGGUUCUAGCGUGCGUCGUGUAGCACGUCAGCGCAAGCACUCGAACCCUGUGCGCAGUGUAGAAGACGUACCGGCUACUGGAAUACCCGCGGCGUCUGUUCCUGGCGUAGACGAAGAUGUCGAUAUUAUUCCUCCCGACGACCUCGAUCUUGUGGUGAUAGCUCCACCACUAACACCGGCAUCGAAGCUUAGAAACGAGCCAACACUACCAGCACCACGGUAUGUCGAGUCGGAGGUAGAACAGAGUGAAUUGCCCGUCAAGAGAAGGCCCGGUCGACCCAAGGCAAGCAAGAGCAAGAUGAUCGGCAACCACAGCGCAACGGACAAUGCCGAUGAUGUGGCAGCGGCAGCAUCUCUAGAGCCCUUGGCUGGCACUGAUGCUGGAGCCCCAUCUGCAGAAUCUUCUCUAUCCGACGAUGAUGAGGAGGCCACCCCAAAGAAUGUUCGCAAGCCGGGCGACUACACCUUGACACCUCUUCUGCUCCCUGUGGCCGACUCUGCUUGGAAUUGGUGCCGAGUUUGCAACGAUGCCUUUGUCCAGCAUGAAGCAUACUUUACCCGCGCCUACUGCCCUCGAUGCGAGCGACACUCCAAGUUAUAUGGUUACAAGUGGCCGAAAACCCAAAAAGACGGUAAAAAUGACAAGGAAGAGCGUGUGCUGGAUCACCGUGAGAUUCACAGGUUCCUGGAUCCGGAGGAGGAAGCACGUGUCAGGGGACGCAAGUAUCUGGGAACAUUUCCUCGAGAGACCAAGCCAGAAGUCGUCAAGAAAGCGCCUACCAAGGUCGCUCCCGUGAAGAAAAGGCGGUCUUCUGCUGCUAAGAAUCGUGACGACGACUACAGAUGCAGCGAAGAAUGUGAUGACGAUCUCUCGGAGGGUGUUGCGAAAAGCACGCGUGUACGAAGGGUCAGCAUGAGGUCUUGA